UUCCUGCUCCAGUUGCAUUAAAAGAGUUAGAGCCUAACGGACAUUGGACUUUCCAUCAACACCAACAAACAGCCAUGGGCUUCCCUCCUUUAUUCUCUUUCGAAACAUGGAUUCUUCUCAUCUCAUUUGUCUUCAUACUUGUUUUGUAUGGCUACUGGACAUUUGGAGUUUUUGAGAAGUUGGGAAUUAAGGGACCCAAACCAGUGAUUUACUGGGGGACAGUUGGCAAGUAUGACCCGGUGUACUUCUUGGAUGACAUCGAAUGUGCUAAAAAGUAUGGAAAAGUAUGGGGCUCUUAUGAGCUCAGGACACCCAUUCUGGUUGUGAUGGAUCAAGAAAUGCUGAAAACCAUCCUGGUCAAAGAAUGUUUCACAUUCUUUACCAACCGAAGGAACUUCCGUCUGAAUGGGGAUCUUUAUGACGCAGUGAAUGUUGCAGAAGAUGAUGAGUGGAGGAGAAUUCGGAACCAUGUCACUCCUUCCUUCGCCUCUGGACGUAUAAAAGAGAUGUUCAACAUAAUGCAACAUCAUUCCAACAAACUGAUCCUGAGCUUGCAAUCUAAGGUGGACAAUGAUGAAGUUAUUACCAUUAAGGACAUAUUUGGACCCUACAGCAUGGAUGUGAUGACAAGCUGUGUAUUCAGUGUGGACCUGGACUCGAUCAAUGACCCUUCAAACCCCUUCAUUACCCAUGCCACAAAGCUUUUCAGAUUUUCUGUGCCUCUGUUCUUGUUUCAAGGGUGUUUUCCAGUCUUUAUUCCUCUUUUGAAUUUCCUUGGAGUUUCUUUAUUCCCCAAGUCCUCUACUACUUUCUUUAGAGCUGUUGUGGAGAAAAUCAGGGCAGAACGGAGUGAGAGCUCAAGAAAGAGUAUGACAGACGUUCUCCAGUACUUCCUGAACUAUCAAACAAACAAAGUCAGUAAAGAAAGAGAGACUUGGGGUCUCAACGACCAUGAGAUCCUUUCUCAACUCACAAUGCUGCUAUUUGCUGGUUAUGAAACCAGUGCCACCACUCUUGUUUUCUUAGCAUACACUUUGGCAAGGAACCCUGAAGUCAUGAAACAACUGCAACAGGAGAUAGACUUAACUUUUCCAAAUAAGGGUCUGGUCCAGUAUGACGGUCUGAUGCAGAUGGAGUACCUCAGCAGCGUAGUGGAUGAGUGUUUAAGGCUCUACCCCCCUGCUGCACGUAUAGAGCGAAUGACUAAGGAAACUGUCAGGAUCCAAGGAAUCACAAUACCAAAGAACAUGAUUGUUCAGGUUCCAGUCUAUGCCCUGCACCGCGACCCAGACCUGUGGCCUGAUCCAGAAGAGUUUAAACCUGACAGAUUUAGUAAGGAGAACAAACAUAAUAUCAACCCAUAUGCUUAUCUGCCAUUUGGAAUGGGACCAAGGAACUGUUUGGGGAAGAGAUUUGCUCUGGUGAUGAUUAAACUGGCCUUGGUUAAGGUACUGCAGACCUAUAGCUUUCUGGUCUGUGAGGAGACUGAGAUCCCUCUGAAGAUGCACCCUGAGGGCCUUGUGGGACCUCUGAAACCAAUCAAACUAAAGCUCAAGAAACGCACUGUUGUCUCACCAGAUGUGGAGAACUAAAGACAACAGCCUGUCUAAUUUUACAUCACUCAAGGCUGAGAAUAUUAGUGAAUAUUGUUGUAGUGUGACUCGACAAUUGACUUUGACAUUAAUUCGGAAUACAAUAUGAAUGGACAUGUUGAGUGAAGUGGGAGGAAAUCUGAGAAAGUGUUUAGAUUAUGAAGCAAAGUUGACAGAUGUGUGUGUACACAGUCUUGCUAAUACUUCUAUUAGUGAUAGCAAUGGUUUUCUUACGCCACUGUUCUACAGUCCAGUUCGGAAAUAUAAGCUGCUGGCAAAAGGGGCAUAACAAUGUUUGCGUCUGAUGAUCACGCCUGGUGCCAAACUUCUGUUCAAGCUUAAAAAGGACUAAGUAAACACUAUUAAGACAUUCACUUGGCAAAUAUUAUUUUAUUUGAAAAGUAAUGCUUUCCUAUUCAUAGUCCGUGAUUAGUCCCCUAUAUACCAACGACCACUUUGGCAUGAUUUUUGUUUACUCAAAUUCUUUUAAAAUGUAAACCAAAUAUUUUUGGUGGUUUUGUUAAAAGUGCUAAAAAGGCUAUACUGUAAAACACAUAGCAAAAUUUGUAUGUUACUGCAAAUAAUGUAUUUGAUAUUGCUAAAAAUUGGACUUCUCAAGACUAAGGUGGUAUGGAGACUGAUGGCCAGUCCUGAAGGCCGGCAGAACACACCUGUAGGAUACAACUUUUUAAUCUCCGAUCCCAUUUUCUUCCCAUGUCACACUGACUGCAUAUAGAGGAAACAACUAGGCAGGGUGGGCAGAUCUGUGCAGAUUUAUUUUAUUUUCCUGGAGAUUGACAAUGCGCUUUCUGUCCCUCGUUUUUGCACCAGUCUGUACUGCUUGCUGUGUAUGCUCUGUGCGACUCCAGAAGUGAAUUUUUCCACAUGUGAUUAACAGAUUUUAUUAUGUAUUUCCCCCCAAAGUGGAUGUGUUUUACUUUGUAAAACGCAUCUCUCUUCAUGUCAGACCCAUGAAAUAGCCGCUGAAUUUCUGCGUAGUCUGACUAAAAUAGACCUGGGGAGAAAACAAAAAAAGAAAAACAUGGACACUGAGGAUUAGAGCUAAACCAGAGUGGAGCUAAGUUUAUUUUACGUUUCUUUUUUUUUUAACAUGUACUAGAAAACUUAUUUCAUCUUGGCAAGCGACUUUGUUUUUUAUUUGUUUUUCUUUACUAGUUGAAAACUUAUUUUAUCUAUGAAGGAUUUUGAUCACUUUGCUGUGAGUGACAUGCACUAUAGAUAACUAAUUGAUCAUCAUUCAACAUUUAUUGCCAGCAGAAAUUUAAAAGCUACAAGUUAAACCCUUAACACUAGCUAGUUGUCACUAAUAUCAAGCACUGCUUUACUAAAGGGAGAAAUGUAUUCAAAUAAUAGAAUGAAUCAACUGAAUAUUUCUACAUUUUCAAUGUUUAUGAUGCCAUCAUGAAGUAACUAUUAUGAUUUGAAAGGCAGAUAAUUAUACAUUCUAAAAGAUUUGGGACAAAAAUUCACAAAAAAAUAUU